AUGUGGGUCGGUAUAUCGGGUAAACAAUUACCACAGGCAGCUGAAGCCCACGCCCGACGGCGGCGGGUCUUUGAAGCACUUUACGAGGACCGUGGUGGCGCGGAUGCCGAAAAGACGUAUCUCUUCGCUCCUAUCGCUGCUGUUGACGUGGCGAGGCCAACAGCAGCUGAGGUCUUCAGGGUCCCUGCGCCGGUUAAAGAUAGUCUGCAGAACCUGAGGUUUUUCUCUAAAAAGGCCUCGGUAACAGAACGGGCAACGGCCUCCAGAACUGUUGAACAUUACGGAGCGCUCGUCGAGCUCUUACGGAUCCCCUACGCUCCCGGCGGCUCGCCGCUUGCUCCUGUCAACCUUGCGAUGGACGCAGCGGCGAGAAAGCUGCGCGAAGGCGGACGAUCCGCAGUCGAAAUGCUCCGUGAAUCCGACGAGCAGAAUGCAGUGCCCAGCGGAAGAGCGCCUGCAUCCAGACGCGCAGAUGGCAGCUGGCGAGCCGCGUUCGCCGGCCGACGGUGCCCCCGCCACUAUCGAGUCGUCGGUGCCUACCGGGAGACCGCAAGCGGCUGUUUAAGUUGCGACGACAAUGAUACGCUUUCCGAAAUAGAAGAAGCAGUCUCUUGCGCCGACGCGUCUGCCUGCGGCAGCGCUCUGAAACACAGAAGUGUACCGCACACCGGAGCAGCGACGUCCUCUGAACAGCUGCGCCGGGACGCGCGCGCGUCGCCUAUCUCGCGGCGGCACCGGAGCUCCAGUAUAUGCGAGAUUGAAUCGAGAAACCCGUGGUACACUCUCCGAGAGGUUCUCGAGACGGGAGGCCGUCGUCAAGUCGAUUCUUCAUGCAACGCACCCGCCUCCGGACGUCGGCUGGCUUCAAACGCGCGUAUAUAUAUGCCCAGGGCGUACGGCAGGGGCGGUCGACACCGGGCUCAGGCAAAUCAAGCAGAUCGGAAUUUCAGACACAACCAGAAGGUGUGCAGUAGGCUCCGCGGUGGCGUGUACUACAGGCGUCCUUCAUCGUCCUCGUAUCGUCGAGAAAUCCUGCGCCGGUGGUCGCCUGCGUACAUGCGCACGGAGGUCGUGGGGCUGCGUGUGCGCGCCGCCGCGGCUGCUGUCGCGAAAAAAGUAAAAGCGCAUCGAGUAUACGGGCCCUUGCAUCGACCUGCGGACACCCCGUACAUUCAAAGUCCGAGCGUCCAGCUCUAA